AUGGUUAUUCUAAAAGACAUCUUCACAAUAUUAUUUUACGUGGGUCUAUGGAAGCCAGCAACUUGGCACGGAUGGAAGUCCAUUCUAUACACUCUAUAUACAAGCUGUAUUGUGAUAAUGGCGAGCACAUUUUUGAUAACUGAAGUGAUGGAUCUAAUUUUCGUCACAAGUAAUAUUGUCGAAUUUACGAACAAUAUUUUUAUGAUGUCUGCGGUAAUUUCAAGCUUCAUAAAAACGAUUAUUAUUAUCAGACAUCGAAAAGUAAUUACCGAUAUUAUUGAUAUGUUAAAAAUAUAUUUGUCGAAGAUUAGUGAAAAUGAAGAGAUUAUUAUUAUUGAUCGUUAUACUCGUUUGAUCAAAUUCAUGAAUAGAUCCUUUUUAUGUACUGCAUUAUUUGGAGUUUCUCUAAUGGUUUACGUAGCAAGUUCUGAAAAUAUAUCACAACAUAUAUUAUUUUAUCGUGCUUGGCUGCCUUAUAAUUAUUCACAGCCCAUGGCUUAUUGGAUGACAACAACAGGACAAGUUUUAACAAUAUAUAUUCUUACUAUUAUUUAUACCGUUUUUAUUUUACUAUUUUCAGGUAUUAUGUUUAAUAUAUGUGCUCAUAUAAAUAUAUUUAAAUAUCAUUUACAAGUAACAUUCUCCGAUAAAUAUUAUCAUUCAUGCAAUGAUGAACGACGAUGUAUAUCCAAAAACGAUAAUGAUAAAAAAACUAUCCAUGAUUACGUCGAAACGUAUAUUUCUAUAAGAAGACUGUUCAAUACGGUUAAAAAUUUAUUUUCAUCUAUAAUGCUGUAUCAGUAUUCUGUGGGAUCUAUUAUUUUCUGCACAAGUGCUUAUAAUGUGUUGCAAGUUGAAUUAUUUUCAGCACAUUUUUUUUCAAUUAUACUGUACAUGUUAAAUAUGAUGACUGAAUUAUUUAUUAUUUGUAUCACAUGUAAUGAAAUAACUCUCGAGUUUCAAGGCGUUCCUAAUGCGCUCUAUCAUAGCUUGUGGUAUGCUACCGAUAAUCAUAAUAGAAAAUCGAUUGUGAUAAUGAUGUCAUACACACUUAAACCAGUUUAUUUUACUUGCGGAUACGUUAUUGAUUUGUCACUCGAUUCAUUUACGAAUGUCCUCAAGCUUUCUUAUAGUAUUUAUAAUGUACUGCAAAAUACUUUUUAGUUCUAUAAAAAGUUUAAUUAUAGCAUUA